ACUCAACACAAAAUUAUUACCAUGGCUGUUUUCAGGAUUUUGUUGCUCCUAAUGGGACUGCUUGCAGUCUUGUAAGUAUAUCAUAUAUAAUAUAGAUUUUAUUAAAUAAUAAUUAUAUUUGUCUAUCAUUAAUAAAACACGAAAACGGACCACCCUGAGUGUAUGAUAUAACACAAUAUUUAUAAUAUCGGAUUAACAUAGGCACUAUUUUUAUAAUGAAGAGCAGUUACGAUAUAAUUUUGUUAUAAUAAUGAAACGAUAUGGCGUUUACAUUUUAAGCAUUAUAAAUAUGUCCAGAUAUCAGAUACAUACUUAUCCAUUUCACAAUGUUUGCCAUUCUAUUUUUUCGGGAAAAAUUAUUAUACCUAAUAAUAAACAAUAAUACUGUUACAGGCAUUUAGGUACACAGUUUGCGCUUUUAACCCAUAAGACAGUCACAAUACCCACAAUAGGUAAUAUAAGUAAUAUAUAGGGCAAAUUUUAUUGAUUAACCCAUGUGAUAUUAAUUGUUUAUGCCUUGGACAAUGUAAUAGAAACAAUUUGUGAUUCAUUUCAAACAUUAUGCAUACAGGUAUACGUUAUCGCGUGCACAUUAUUAUUAACGGCACGAACAAAUAUCGCACGAAUCAAUAAACACAAUUUGCACUAUUGUUAUACAUAUAUAGUACAGCUACGAAGCUUCAGAUUUCCACAUAGAGUCGGCUACUUAGUGUUCUGUGUUUUCGUCAUUACGUCAUUAUCCGUAUAGGUAUACUGCAAGACAAGAUGCUAUAUUUUAAACACGGUGGUUAAAUUAAAUUUCGAGUAGGUAUGUAUUUACGAAAAUGCUAUUCCCGUUGCGCGUAUCUUCAGUAAAAUAAUAAUAUAUCGCCUUUUGGUUUUCAAAUCUUGUUUUUAAUUUAGUUUAUAGAUUAUUUUUCCAGAAGUUUUGAUACGCGUGAACCUCGUAGCGUGGAUGAAUGGUUUUAAUAAUUAAAAUUAAUAAUACCGCAGUAAUAAUAAAAUUUAAAGUUUAGAGAGGCACGGCCAAGAGAACUGAGUUUACCUAUCUAGAAAAAAAUGUUUUAUGCAAUUUAUCAUCCUCCGAUUGAAACAUUAAAUCAUAGGUAUACCUAUUAAUAUUAUAACUUAAACCUAAUUAUUAUAUGACAAGUCUCUUUUCGAAACCAAGAUAAAAUAUAUAUUUUUAAAAUAUCUUAUAAAUUACUAUUAGGUAAUGACGACACCAUCUUUACAAAAAUACUGUUAGAAAUAAAUCGCAGUUUACAACAAACUUUAAAAUACUGUAGUAUUAUUUCAUUGCAUACUAGCCAAAACGCAUGUUAUAAAAUUAUUUUUAAACACGUUUGGGUUUACCUGUAUUCUAGCAAAAAAAUAUUAAAACUCGGUUAUGCCGCCGUUUUGUUAACAACAUUUGAAAGAAAAUAUACAUAAUAUACGAGAUCGUUUCGUUAAAAAUCUACAAAAGAAAAAAAUAAUUUCAAUAGUAAUGUUUUUCAAAUGUUUAUAUCAUGUAAAGCCGUUUAUCUUUAAGGUGUUAUAUUAUUAAAAAAAAAUUUGAUAAUAUUAUUUGUGUUUGUGCUCGUUUACUAUAAUAUAUUAUAUUUUAUUUGAUUCAAGCUUGGGAAAUGGAGUCAGUUCUUCGUUAUUGAAUGCAUCAGCGUUUGCUAAAAAAAGUGACAGCAGUUUAAUAAAAGCGGUGAAAACGACAUCGGAGUCGGAAGCCACCGCAGUGGCGAAGAGUAGUAGUAGUAAUAGUAGUAGUAAAUUGUCCAAUAGUAUAUCACGCAGUGUUUCAAGUUCUACCUCCCGUUCGGUGACGGUCGAAAAGAAAUCCACCACGUUCAAAAAGAAGUGUUGGUCCGAGUUGAUUAAAGACAACGCGGUGAGAAUAAACACAUUAGAAAUGUGUCCGAAAUACGGUUACGACGUAGAAGGCCUGUACGUUGUACCAGAAUUUUUGAAACUUCUAAACUCGCUAAACAGGGAACAGUGCAGUAUGUUCUCCAGAAUUACUUAUCCCCGGGACUAUAGUCUGUCGAUCAAAAACGACGACGAGUUCGACGUCAUUAUUGUUGGCUGUGGAGCGUCCGGUUCGGUUUUAGCAUCCAAACUUAGCGACGAAAAGGAUUUGAACGUUUUGAUACUAGAAGCAGGCAACACACCGUCGAUCGAAUCUGAAAUACCGGGUCUAUGGGCUACGUCGAUCGGUUCGGAAAUGGAUUGGAAUUAUCGCGCGGAAACCGAUACUACUUUCGGUCAGAGUUUGACCGACCAACGUGUCGCGCUCAUCCGAGGAAAAUGCCUGGGCGGGACUACAGCAUUGAACACCAUGUUGUACGACCGUGGGGUGGACGCGGAUUACACUAAGUUCGAGUUAGCUGGACUGACUAAAUGGUGUUGGAAAGACGUGAUCAAAUACUAUAAACGUUCAGAAGACUGCAAGUUCGAAAAAAUCACAACAAACGAAACGGUACGUAAAUCGCACAACCAAGGGGGCAAAUUGAACGUAGACUCGUUCCACAAUACUAAGACGGUGGAGAUCAGACAGGUUUAUUCAACUGCGCUGAACGCCGCGAACUACAGCACGGUAGACUUUUUUGACGUGAAGAACCAUCAAGGUUUUAUUUCGUCCGUCGCGAUCGUGAAGAACGGGCUGCGUGUGAACGCGGCCAAAGCUUUUUUAAAGAAUGCAAACCGAAAAUACAAUUUGAAAAUAUCAGCUAGGUCUACGGUGAAAAGAGUUCUGUUCGAAGACAAAAAAGCCGUCGGAGUAGAAUUUGAAAAUUCAGUGGGUGAACUGAUUAAAGUCAAGAGCAAACAGUCUGUUAUCUUAAGUGCCGGUCCAAUUGGAUCACCACAGCUUCUCCUCAGCUCCGGUGUCGGGCCACUGAAGGAUCUAUUGUCGUUGGAUAUACCGGUGGUCGCGGAAAACGAUAACGUGGGUUUGAAUUUACAAGCACAUCCGAAUUUCUUAGGUCUAGUGGUUAAAUUUGAAUCGCAACCAAUUAAAUCGUAUUCUAUCAGUGAAAUGGUUUUUGAAUACUUAAUAAAGCACACCGGCCCGCUAGCUACAAUAGGACUCGGUAGUUUUACCGGUUUCAUCGAUAUCGACGGUAACGGGACACCGGACAUCCAGAUAUUCUUUUAUUAUUACUCAGAGGACGAUACCGUGUUUAUGCCAUCGCAAUUGGACGCGUUCAACUACAACGACAACAUCACGGAACAGCUGAUCGACUUGAACGACCACAAUGAUAUCCAGAUAGUGGGAAUUUCUUUAUUGCGCCCGAAAAAUACCGGCCAAGUAACCAUACAGAAGAACGGCGAAGAAUGGGAACCAACGAUAAAAUACGGUUCGCUGGACGAUGAGGAUGUGGACACUCUGAUGAAAGCCAUUCAAUGGGUGAAAGAUCUCAUACAAUCGGAAGCGUUCAAACAUUAUGGACCGACGAUUGUUCCCUUGAAAAUUGAAGGGGGCCCGGAGCCAGAUGCGAACAGCGCUGAAUAUUGGAAACACGUCAUCAAACAUUUGACGACAAUGAAUAUCCAAAUAGCCGGCACGUGUUCCAUGGCCACUACGUCUGAUAAAGGCGUCGUGAGCGAAGACCUCGAGGUGUUCGAUACGGAAGGACUAAUGGUCGUGGACUCAUCCGUUCUCCCGAUUAUGUUCAGUGCCGAGAGUUGCGCUCCAUCCAUGAUGGUUGCGGAGAAGGCAUCAGACCUCAUCUUGAAAAAAUUGGGACUCCGUAAUGAGUCGGAUGAUGACGAGAUUCCAGAUUUACGAAAAUAAUAUGUAAUCAAAUACUAUUAAGUUAAAUACAACAAUAAGACAUUAAAUAGAUUCCUUGUGAGUGUUACCAUAAAACAAAACCGAUUAUUUUAUUAUAAUACAUUAAUAUUGUGUAUUAAAUAUCAUAUAAAAAAAAAUAACAUUUUAUUGCUUAUAUUUCCUCUCAUACGGUGGUCAUUUGUA